UAUUUUUGACGAAUUCUUCCUAUAGAAGCAAGAUAACUCAACCCAACUUUACUGAAACAAACGAUCGAGCGCAUUCUCCUAUUGUUAUCUUUACAAGUUACAACUUCAUGGGCAUUAAUUUUGUAAUCAUAUGAUCGUCUGAUCGUUGCUUUUUUUUAUAGUACUGUGAUUCUUAUUUCCUCCCUGAAACAAAAGAAGAUACCUUGGAACGAGAGAAAAUUGAUUGCAAAGCAAGUAUUAUUUACUAUGACAUGGUAUCAUACUUGGACUAGUUUUUGAAUGUUACUGGGAUUUGUUUGUAUGCAAUACUCUUUUUCAUAAUGAAGUUAUUACAUUGUUACCAAUAACAAGCAACAAAGAUAUUUGUGUGGUCAUUCAGGUGAACUUGUGAGACGAAUAGAUAAUACGAGAUUGUUUGAUUUGUAUGGUGAAGCACUUGAAAGUAAUUUUGGAAUGAGAUAAAGGAAAACGCACACACGACGACAAUCAGCCUUCACUUCUUGCAAUACUACGUUAUUGUUUUUUACCCACGGUUGAAAGCAAAUAUCAUCGUCGGCUUUAUGUCACUUGCGAAUGAUGAGCAACUUUGUCAAGACAGGAACGUUCUUUUCUUGUGACACUGCUAUAACGAAAUUGGGUUUGGCUAGGCUAGUUACUGUCUUUAUAGCUUCAUGUGUGUCUCAAAGUGGAAAUUUUCUUUUAAGAAACUCACUAGAUAUACAAGAAACUAUACUUGUUGGGAAGGGAGCCCUUGUCAUCGUUCCAAGUUGGAUUGCUUAAAGGAGCCAGUGCUGUACAACUGUUGUAGACGUCGAGUUUGAAGUUAUGGCCACUCAGAUCCCAAAAAGGGUUUAAGUUGUAGAAAUGAAGUUUUAUUAUCCAAUAUUCUCUUUGAAUAUCUUCCAAGCUCUGAAUUGUUUCUGUUGUCACAUUCCAACGGUUCCUUGUAGACCUUGAGUUUUAUUUACCUUUUAUUGUCUUUGGUCCAACAUUGAGUACCUUUGUUACGCUUACGUACUCGAUACAAGAAAUCUCGUUAUUUAAACUGUGAUAUUUUAUGAAAGUUCUCUAUUUACUUUGUUGAAACGAGAAUCAGGAUAAAAGAUUCCAAGCAACAUAACAUUGAAGGUCAAAUACUUGACCAAUCUAUAUGUUUUCCAACUCAGUUUAGUUUUACCCAAUAUUAUUUCAGAGUAUUUUAACUUUUAAGGCUUCAGUACAGAACCUUGUCCUGUAGGGAUCCAGUCUUUGUGGUUUAAGAUUUUCAAGGUAAUUUGUAGGAAAUUAGCUAGAUUCUGAGUUGGCUCUUAU